UGAACUUCCUGUGAGACUGACAGCCCCGGUCCUUCCCGUUGUGUGAACUGACUUUUCUCUCUCGAUCGCACCGAUCCUGGAUUAUUUCCCCCGGACACAAGUUUCCCGGGCCCCCGGUGAACCUCCUCGCGGACCCGCGGGCUAUGAGAGCAGGCGGCCGGUCUGAAGCGAGCUAAAGCGGGGCAGACCUGUCGGUUUGAUGGCCGCUGGGGAUGGAGCCCAGCUGCCGGCCACAGUAGCGGCCAGCCGGAGCGUGGAGAAGGCGCUGGACGAGGCUGCGGCGAGCGGCGCUCUCAACUUAUCCAACCGCAAGCUGAAGGAGUUCCCCCGCAGCGCCCGGAACUACGACCUGUCCGACGUCACCCAUGCAGAUCUGUCCAAGAACCGCCUGUACGAGCUGCCGGAGGAGCUGUGCCAGUUCAUCUCUCUGGAGACUCUCAGCUUGUACCACAAUGGGAUGCGAUCGCUGUCCCCCAGUCUGCUGAACCUCCAGGCCCUCACCUACCUCAACCUCAGCCGUAACCUCCUGUCCAGUUUGCCCCCGGCGGUGUUCCAGCUGCCCCUCCUCAGAGUGCUCAUCGUCAGCAACAACAAACUGUCUUCACUGCCUGCCGCCAUAUUCUCCCUCACCAACCUGCGCCAGCUGGAUGUGAGCUGUAACGAGCUGCAGCUCCUGCCUGCUGAGCUGGGUCAGCUGGAGAGUCUCAGAGAUUUAAACCUGAGGAGGAACCAGCUCUCCAGCCUACCUGAGGAAAUUUCCGAGCUUCCACUCGUCCGACUGGAUGUGUCCUGUAACCGUAUUUCCCACGUUCCCUUGUGUUACCGUCACCUCCGGCAUCUGCAGAACAUUUCACUGGACAACAACCCCCUGCAGAUGCCUCCUGCACAGAUCUGCUCCAAAGGCAAAUACCACAUCUUCAAGUACCUGAACAUGGAGGCCUGCAAGAGGAGCCAGGACGAUCUGGAGAAGCAGCUGAGGCCCACUGGCUUCAACAGCUGCCUGUCUGAACAGGAGCUCUUCCCGGGUCAGUGUGGCGGUCUGGACUCUGGUUUCAACAGUGUGGACAGUGGCAGUAAGAGAUGGUCUGGAAAUGAGUCGACAGACGACUUCUCCGAGCGCUCCCUCCGCAUGGCCGAGGUCAGCAGAGAGCAGAGGAACCUGCAGGAGGAGGAGGAGGAGGAGGAGGAGGAGGAGGCAGCCUCUCCUCUGGAGCCGAACUCAGUGAACGGACAGGUUGAGCAGGUGGACUUCAUCGACAGCAGCCUGACGGAGGACGAGGUGAGGACGGAUCCGCUCGCUCGUCCCUCAGGACCCUCCGUGCACCGCCUUGUUUCAGGUCAACUGUCUGCACGGAAAACGAUGCAUCUUGUGACUGAUUCUCAGGAGCAGAAGGAGAGCUGCUUGCAGACACAUGACUCAACAACACGCAGCAGAUCGAGCCACAGCCUGGACAUCAGCUCCUCGCCGUCCCUGUCCCCCGCGUCCCCGGCGUCCCCCGCGUCUCCGCCGUCCCCGUCCAGCCCCUCGCUGGAGGAGAGGAGGAGGCCCGGCACGCUGCUCAUCUGGCAGGAGAGAGAGCGCCUGCAGCAGCAGAGGGAGCGGAGCAGUGUGCUGAAGCCAUCGUCUAAAACAGGAAGUCACGUGUCCUCCGCCGCAGAGACAGGAAGCAGCUCAUGUGGUGGGUCCGCAGAGAGCAGCGCCUCCCCGUCUGGCCUGAGGCAGCGCUGUGUGAAUCCUGACCUGCUGAACUGGGAGUCCCCGUCGCUUCCUCUGCAGAGGUCCAUGAGCAGAACAGACCUGCCCUCCUCCCCGAAGACCUCUCCUCCUGCCGCUCAGGCCCAGAAACCCAACAGCUUCCUGUUCAGAGCCUCGUCCCGCAGCAACGUGAAAACCACUGGUCGAGCGUUCAGUCUGGCUGAAUCAGGAAAGAGCGAGUCCCGUUCCACACUGCGCUGUCCCAAAGAGGAGCGAGCAGACAUCUCACAGCUACGCAAGACUCUGGAGUCCCGGCUGAAGAUCACUCUGUCUGAGGACCUGAGUGAAGCCCUGUCUAACGGCACCGUGCUCUGCCAGCUGGUCAAUCACGUCCGGCCUCGGUCCGUGUCCAUCAUUCACAUCCCCUCUCCUGCAGUGCCAAAACUGAGUCCAGCAAAGUGUCGGCUGAAUGUGGAAAACUUCCUUGCUGCUUGCCGGAAACUUGGAGUGACGGAGACUGAAGUGUGUGUGUGUUCUGAUGUGCUUCUGUGCAACGUGCCCGCUGUGCUGCGCUGUGUGACGGCCCUGCUGACUGUGGAGAGUGGGGGGACGUUAGGGGACGAGGACAAGUCCCCCCAUCCUUCCUUGCCUGCGUCCUCCUCGUCCUCGUCGUCGCCUCUGUCCACAGACUUCCUGCUCUUCUACUGCGCAGCCAUGGUUCUGCUGUACAUCCUGUACUGCUACCUGCUCACCUAAAGCUCCACCCGACACUCAGGAGAGAGAGAGAGAGAGAGAGAGAGAGAGAGAGAGAGAGAGAGCUCUGCAGCUGCUGCACACUUCAGCAAAGCACAGAAAGAGUGAGGAGCACAGGAAGACUGCUGGAAAUGCCUUACUUCAGUUUUCCUGGAGCUGAUCUCAGCCCAGCGGUGCUGGAGAACAGCCCCUUCAGGUGGAAGUCCUGGACUGAGUGCGGUCAGCUGCCCCCUGCUGGAAGCUGCUCAGACUGAGCCAUGAAUGUGAUUUUGUCCCUUAGCUUUAGACUCGGUGCGUCCGCCACGUGGCAGCGCGAGGCGGCUCAAACAGUGCCUGUUAACUUGUUCCUGUGUGCAGGGCGGACCGGCAGGGGGCGCUGUGACUGUAGCGCUCCUGCAAACGGUACGAACCUCUCUGGACAGCCUUCACCUUCCCCGGCAGCCACUUCAUGGCUGUAAAAACGUAGACAAGUUAUUAACUUAUUGCUUUUCUAUUUAUUUGGAAGUUCACUUGAGUUGGUUUUAGCUCCAGUGGGAGAACAGCACAGUUCACCUUCACAGGGUUUUCUCUUUCCAUCCAGCCAGAUUGGGUCUAACAGCACUGCUGAAAUCAACCAUUCUUUAACUUAUUGUUUGCUGUUAUAUUUUGCAAAGUAAGUGCAUUAAAUGUGAACUUUUUAUUUAUAUUUUUCCCCUGAAUCCCCUAAAACAACCAAUAAAUAGUGGUUUGCAGUCGAGUAAUCUGGUCUUGGAAAGGAAUUUCUGCACCUUUUGUUGUGCUGCUUUUCCUACAUUUGUUAUUUUGCCAGCAGAUCUCUGAGCCAUAAGCAGUGCUGCCACCUGCUGGUCAGUUUAAGCUCACGGUCAGUGUGACUUGAAAGAAACGAUCCACUCUCUGGACUACAGCCAGAUUUGUCCUGUGCAGCAUGUUGGACUCUGAUCAUUUGGUCCGAUCAGUACUGUCUGGAAGUGGUCGUUGUCCACAUGCUGUCUGCUUCCUGCUCGUUCCAGCUCAGUGUGUGCAUGUAAUCUAAACCUAGCUGGUUUUAGGGUUUAGCUUUUCUAGAGCUCAGAUCUGGCUGGAAGGAGCCAGUCGACUUAAUCAGGCUUGAAAGUUAGAAAAAAUCAAUCAACAAACCACUUUGAUAGGCUUUUGUCCUCUUAAAAUAAAUUAUGAACACUCCUUACGCAAAGUGUUCAAUAUGAAAUAUAUAUAGAUAAAUACAGUGUCCUGGGAUUGGCCGUUAUGUGUUCUGAUGUUGUUGCGACGGGUUUGGAGCUCAGUGUAAUGUCUACUGUGAACCUUUAAACAGGCUCAGCUGAGGAUGAAAAGUGCAGAGCAGUAAAGUCUGUUAGCUCCUGUUAGCCAGAACAAAGUCUGACCAAAUCUGCUGCUAUUGCCUCGCUAACAGCUUCCCACACCAAGUGGGGAUGUUCCCAGUUGUUGUGGGGAUGUUCCCAGUUGUGGGGUGUGCACUGUUAGCUGACUUGUCGUGUGGUUUGAGUUUUGUUCUUGGGCUGAUUCAGCAUCACUUAGAAGGUGCUAGAAGCUAACGGAACACUGAGGAGCUUGAAUAGAAAUGACACUAAGAAAUCAAAAGCAAUGCAUUUGUUUCAAAGGAUUGACCUGACAUUUGUAAAUAGUUUCUUCGGUUCUUUGUUUGACUGAGGAGACUCGGUAUGAGAAGCCAUUCCGGUGAACCUGCACACCGUCUUUUCUACGUCCGUCCUGUUUGUCUGCAGGCUGCGUUUGGUCCUCAGCUCUGCUCUUCUCUAAUGUCACUGUAAAUACCCUCCUGAAGCUUUUCUAGCUCUUCAUGUUCUUUUUAAGUCAGAGCCACACACUGGUUUACACCCAAAUAUAUUCUUCAAGCUGUUGGAUCAGAACACUGUUGUAUUUUGUACCUUUAUAAUCUAUUGUAUUAAUAUUACUACGAAGCCUUUUGAGUUUAUAUCAGUCCAAAUGUAAAGUUUUUCCCGUGAUGGAGAAAAGAUUAAAAACGAAACCUGAGUGUGUU